AACUUGUGACAACACAACAAACCCCAGGUCGCCAGUAGCUCAAGGGAAAAGAUUGGCAUUGCAAGCACCACGAUGAUGGGUUCUAUGACUCGAUCUAUCCUCCUUCUGUUGUCCUUGGUGUCGCUCACCACCGUGACGGCGUUUGCUCCGACCAUUUUGCCACCAAAACAGCUUACUGCCACAUCUACCCAAUUGUUCCAAACGCCGGUUCAAGAUCAAGAGGAAUAUUACUUGCAGUUGGCAGUCCAAAAUGAAGGGAACACGAACACGCCCGAAAUGAUAUAUAUCCUCGUGUACAAUCCUUAUACGGACGAAGAAGGAGUUCACACCACGGAAUACCCCAAAGAAUCCGGGAAACAAGCAUUGCUCGUCUUUGAGGCCUUGGAAGACUGUCGGCAAAUGGCGUCUCUACUAGCGGUAGAGCCCUCUGUGCCUGGAGAGCCCGUUCCCACUCCGGCGCCAUUGGCUCAAAUGGAAAUGGCAUGUCAACAAAUGGAAUGGACCAUCAAGGUGGUGCCAGCCACGGCUUAGCUAAUGACUAGCUAUUGUCUAACAGCUAGGUAAUUGUAGUUUUGUUUUCAAGAGUGAUUGUUCCCCUUGUCCUGAAUCAAUCACUGGAACUGAACAGGAGCUACCAAAAUACGACUUUAGUCUACCGAUAAUGGCUCUAAUCCUUUGGUCCUCUAGACCGUCGUUUUCAAAAGGUGCUUCCUUUGCCCCAACCAGGGCCUUCAGCAACUCCUUGCUUCAGCCGAGUUCUUUACUUUUAUUAGCCAUGCAUGGCAUCACAAAUAAACUUACCAACCAGAUAUCAACCGAUAGUCUAGUUGCUAUGAUUGCUCUUAUUCUUUUUUCCUCCCAGUAUGCAUACAUGAGUGUUAAUAGUCUGGUAGAUCUAGCUAGUGAAGGCCCCAAAUGACAGACAGG